UUUUUUUUUCUUCUUGCACAGUGUUCUUUCGCUUCAUUCUCUUCCUACUCAUUUUUCUCUUUCCUUAUUCUUUCCUUCCCUUUCCUUCCCUUUCCUUCCCUUUCCUUCCCUUUCCUUCCCUUUCCUUCCCUUCCCUUCCCUUCUCUUUUCUUCCCUUCCUUUCUCUCCCCACUCUCGAUAAUAAUCUUUCCUUUUCCACUAUCCCCGUUCCUUUCGUCACAUUUGCUAUUUGAAAAAAGCUUGCACCACUUUGAUCAACGUCUUACUUUCUCUCCAUUUCAAAAGAAAGAAAAGAAAGAUUUCUACAGCAUGGAGGCUAUUCUAGAUUUUAACCGUGAGCUGGACAUCGAUUUGCUCGAUCGAGUUGUUCGUACAAUGUACAACAGCACUGGGGCAGAACACAAGCUUGCGCAACAGGUUCUGACUCAAUUCCAGGAAAAUCCAGACUCAUGGAGGCGGGUCGAUGCAAUCUUGGAUAACUCAAAGGAUCCUCAGACAAAGUAUAUCGCUCUGCAAAUUUUGGAAAAGCUUGUCCAGACGCGGUGGAAGCUGCUACCGCCAGAGCAAUGUCAAGGGAUUCGCAAUUACACUGUGGGUUUGAUCGUUAAGCUAUCUUCGGAUGAGGCUACUCUUGUUCGUGAGAGAAUGCUUCUUAGCAAGCUCAACCUAGUUCUUGUGCAGAUUUUGAAGCAGGAAUGGCCACACGCAUGGCCGGGCUUUAUCCCUGAAAUUGUCAUUUCCAGCAAGUCCAAUCUUUCAUUGUGCGAGAACAAUAUGGCCAUUCUCAAGCUACUUAGUGAAGAGAUUUUUGAUUUCUCUGCUGAGCAGAUGACGCAGACCAAGACAAAGAACUUGAAGAACUCGAUGUGUGGUGAAUUUUCUGAGAUUUUCCAACUCUGUAGUGAGGUUUUGGAAAAGGCCAAUAAGCCCAGCUUGAUCAAGGCAACUUUGGAGACUCUCCUUCGCUUCCUCAACUGGAUUCCUCUUGGAUAUAUUUUUGAGACCAAUAUCGUGGAGAACCUUCGCGCAAGGUUUUUGGAUGUGCCACAGUUCAGGAAUAUCACACUUGCCUGCUUGAGAGAGAUUGGAUCGCUCUCAGUAGCUGCAGAUUAUAACGAUAAGUUUGUCAUCUUAUUCAACAUGGUUAUGACAUCCAUUGCCAAGACCAUCCCUAUCGGCGGCAACAUUGCGGAGAUGUAUGAGAACGCAGGAGAUGAUGAGCAAAAAUAUAUUGCAAACGUCGCCAUGUUCAUUACUGGAUUUCUUAAUGUUCACUUGAGGCUUGUUGAAAACCCUCAGAACAGAGAGGUUCUCUUAGUCGCUCAUCAAUAUCUCCUCAAGAUCUCUCAAGUUGAAGAUCGCGAGAUAUUCAAGAUUUGCUUGGAAUAUUGGUCCAAGUUGGUUGCGGAACUCUAUGAGGAAAUCCAGCAAUUGCCCGUCAUGGAGCUUCCGUUAUUGAACCUUGGAGCUGGUAUGAUGCAAUCGUCCGCUAGUAGUGUAAAUCUUCGCAAGAACUUUUAUACCGAAAUUCUUGCUCGUCUCCGCGUUGUAAUGAUCGAGCGUAUGGUUAAGCCUGAGGAGGUGUUAAUUGUUGAGAAUGAUGAGGGAGAGAUUGUUCGCGAGGUUAUGAAGGAGAGCGAUACGAUCACGCUUUAUAAAAGUAUGCGUGAAGUCCUUGUGUAUUUGACACAUCUAGACUGCGUUAACACAGAACAAAUCAUGUCAGACAAGCUGACAAAGCAGGUCGACAAUUCAGAGUGGUCAUGGGCUAAUCUCAACAAGCUUUGCUGGGCAAUUGGUUCAAUUUCUGGCGCUAUGAGUGAAGAUGCUGAGAAGCGUUUUUUGGUCACUGUCAUCAAGGAACUCUUAGGGCUUUGUGAAAUGAAGCGUGGCAAGGACAACAAGGCGGUCGUCGCCUCCAACAUUAUGUACAUUGUUGGACAAUACCCGCGUUUCCUUAAAGCACAUUGGAAGUUCUUGAAGACAGUCGUCAACAAGCUGUUUGAGUUCAUGCAUGAGACACACGAUGGAGUACAGGACAUGGCAUGUGAUACCUUCAUAAAGAUUUCACAAAAAUGCAGGCGCCACUUUGUUUUGCAACAAUCGCAGGAGAUCAUGCCAUUCAUCGAUGAGAUUCUCAACACAUUGGAUAAAAUAACUAGUGACCUCUCGCCUGCUCAAGUUCACACCUUUUAUGAGGCUAUCGGUUACAUGAUCUCUGCACAACCCAACCGCGCAGUACAAGAACGUCUGAUUGCCAAAGCCAUGCAAGGCCCCAACCAGGCCUGGGAUAAGAUUAUGCAACAGGCAAAUCAGAGCUUGCAGAAUCUCGAUAAUCCAGAAAAUUUGAAGACUUUGGCUAAUGUCUUAAAGACCAAUGUCGCUGCUUGCAGUUCAAUUGGAGCAGGUUACUUUUCACAACUUGGAAGCAUUUAUCUUGAUAUCUUGGGCGUCUAUAAGGCUGUCAGUCAACUGAUCUCGGAAAGUGUUGUUACCAUGGGUCCUGUUGCCCUUCGUACCCCACGUGUCCGCCAAAUGCGCACUGUCAAGAAGGAAAUCCUUCACUUGAUUGAGACUUAUGUUGGUAAAUCUGAUAAUCUAACGGAGGUGACCCAAAAAAUUAUCCCUGGUGUUCUUGAGGCUGUUCUGGGUGAUUAUCAGCGCAAUGUUGAACCAGCUCGUGAUGCUGAGGUUUUGAGUGUCAUGAGCACGAUCGUAACUAAGCUUGGAUCGUUAUUGAAUGACAAGAUUCCUCUUAUUCUUGAAUCUGUGUUUGACGUGACAUUAAACAUGAUCAACAAGGACUUUGCUGAAUAUCCCGAUCAUCGUGUGGGAUUCUUCAAACUGGUUCGCACUAUCAACUUGAGCUGCUUCCCAGCUCUCAUGAAACUUCCACCUGCACAACUUCGUUUGAUCAUGGAUAGUGUUGUUUGGGCAUUCAAGCAUACAAUGCGUGAUAUUGCAGAUACUGGAUUGAAUAUUUGCCUGGAAGUGAUCAAUAACUUCUCCGCCAGUGACCCCAGUAUUGCUAAUCAAUUCUAUCAAGCCUACUUCCUGAAUAUCCUGAAUGACAUCUUUUACGUAUUAACGGACAACAACCACAAGAGCGGCUUCAAGCUCCAAAGUCAGGUGCUGGCUCGCAUGUUCUAUUUGGUUGAAUCUGGCGCAGUGCAGGCGCCGCUCUUCUCGCCUGCCCAAGUAACUGAUCCCAAUAUGACAAAUAGUCAAUUCUUGCGCGAAUAUAUGAUGAACUUACUACAGAACGCUUUCCCUCAUCUGCAACCUUCGCAAAUCCGGAUAUUCACUUUGGCAUUGUUUGAGACGAACCGAGAUACCAACAAGUUCAAGCUGCACUUGCGCGAUUUCUUGAUUCAAUUAACUGAGUUUGGCGGGUCAGAAAAUGACCAAAACGAAUUGUUCCUAGACGAACGUGAAGCAGAGCAGGAGUCGAAGCGCAAGAUGGACAGGGAAGCAGCACUUAGAAUCCCUGGCCUUGUUAAACCGUCAGAUCUUCCUACGAUGGAUGAAGACGAUUAAAUUCUCUAUCACAUUUUUUUUUCCUUUCCUUGCACAUUUUAUUAUUAUUAUUAUUAUUAUUGAUUAUGCUACUCGCAAUUUGUUUAUUUUUGCGUAGUCCAUCCACCACACCACAUCACAGUACAGCACACCAUAGUAGACAUUGAUUAUGAGAAUAGGACAAAG